CAAAUUAAGAUGUGGAAAGCGGUAGUCGGCUGAACUAUAAAAGCGACCUGCCAUCUUGUCCUCUUCAUUCAUUUAACCAUUUUCGCACUCAACACUCUAAUAAUAACUAAUAAGCCACUCAUACAAAACUUGUCGUCCUAGUUAAUACUGCAACAAGAAUGAUUGUCGCCUACAUUUCCCUCGCCUGCCUGGUGGCCGUCAAAGGUCAAGUACCGCUUGCUUUUGGACAGGAUCAAACUCCUGACGUGCUGCAACUUUACCAGCUGUUGGAUGACCGUUCGGACCAAAUCAUGAUGGCCGCCCAGGAACUGGGUGCCGCUAUUGAUGCGCUGAAAAAUGGGCAUGCCAGGGAUUUUCUGAAGAAUGCAUUCGGCUCGGGCAUGGUCCCGGUAUCCGGCUCUAGUGACGCUAGUGCGCCCAUGCCUCUUCCUCAGUCUGGACUGGAGACAGUGUCCUCGGUUGUUCCAACGGCAGAGACGCCUUCCAUUGCAAAACCCGCUGAACUGACAGUGAGCCGUCCAAAGCGCUCAUAUGGCCGCUAUGGUGGUUAUGGACGCAGUUAUGGAGGUUACGGUGGUCGCCGAUAUGGCGGAUAUAGCAGCGGUUAUGGUGGCUACGGAGGAUACAAUCGUGGAUACUACGGCGGUUAUGGUGGUUAUGGCUACGGAGGCAACCGCGGAUAUGGAUAUGGAGGAUACGGUCGCUACUAUGGUUAACUUCGAAAUUCUGCUCUCGUCAAGCUAGACAAGCUUAUAUAUCAGCAGCGCCGUUCGACAUUGUGACUUCGGAAGCUGAGCCAAAGUUAAAAUGGGAAUGAAACUCGUAGCUUUAUUAUCUGGCGUCUUUUUAUUUUUUUAAACGGAUUAAAAAUCAUCGACUGUAUACCUUUUUCAAAGGUCACUUUGCUGUUGUGUCUACCCUAGCGAUCUCUUGGCUGCAGUCUAAUGAAAUGACAUUGAACUGCUAAAGUACAAAUUAGAAACCGCGUUA